UAUGAAUAAAUUCUUCAGUUUCACAAAUCCGGUGGAAAAGGAAGCGGCUUUGAUUGCAGACCCGAUGCAGCCUCACAUACGCUCGGCCACCGUGGUCUUUCAAAGCAAGAAAGGUAUAAUAAUUUCAACGGCCAGAUUACAUGAAAAAGUUUUGUGUAAAAACUACACAAAUCCUGUGGUUGAAAUAGCAGAACAUAAAGCAGAAGUUAGUGCUGUGAAAGUGUCUCCUCCUCAGAAAGUGGACGUUCACGGGGGCAAUGUUUCUUGGAGUUGUGAUUCUUUAAAACCCUAUUUCCAGACUGAGUUUGGGGUCCAGUACAGAUCUGCUGCUCAGAGCUGGAAGGGUGUGGAGGAUUGUAUCGUAAAAACUACAGAACCUGAAUUGGAGCUGCCAGAGGACUAUUUACACUUAAAUCAUCAGUAUGUGAUCAGGGUGAGAGUCAGGUAUGAACUGAAUGAACUGCCCAAUGCCGUGUGGAGCGACUGGAGUGAAGAGUACAGCUGGACGUCUGAUGUGGGUCAGGCACCCCAAACAACAGAGAUUCUCUCGCUGGAUUCUUCGAAGGCAGGAAUCAUGCUCUCAGGAAUCACCAUCACGAUAUUAAUCAUAUUAAUCUUCACCAUUCUCGUCAAGUGCAAGAGAAUCAACAGGAAUGUGGCUGGUUCACCUUUCAGGGUCCAGAAGAAGGGCUCCACGUAUAUCCCUGAUCCCUCCAUAUUCUUUGGUGAUCUGAACUCAAGCCACAGAGGGAAUUUCAAGUCCUGGCUGGGGCCGGUUUUAGUGCACGAGAGCUUCAUCAGAGUGGACACCGAGUUCAUCAGUCCGGUCGAGAUCCUGAAGGAGCAGGACACCUGCGAUUCCCGAAGCACACACAGAAACAGCGGCAGUCUGCAGGACACAUGGAGCGACGUCAAAUCCUCCAACUUCUCAAACUCCACCUACUUCCUGUCCCAGAGUUCCAAGGGGCCGAGCGACACUCUGGAGCCCUGCUCGGCACACUCCUCCUACGGGCCAGCAGGGGGCGUCAGCGGCUCGAAGACGCUUCCUCAACGCAUCGCUGAAGAGAUGGACGGAGAGGAGCUGGAAUUCUCUCUGAAGAAGCUGGAGAAGCUGCGCCAGGACACGCAGAGUCCAGAUUCGGGUUUCGCCGGCGGAGCCGAGGACAGCAUGGAGGAGACGGAGCUGCCCAGUCCUCUGUGCUUAACCCUGCCCUCUCUGCUGCCCCAGGAUCUGCCCGCACCGCAGCCCAGCAGACACCCGCUCCUGGACCCUCAGCGGCCGAGCUGCACCAUACCUGGCUUAGACCUGGACCUCCAGAGCGGCCGUGGGCUGAUAGAGCCCUCUAGUGACGAUUACAUGCCAGUGAAAAACGUGCAGAGUUAGUGUUGAGGGCCAGAACGGUCACUCGGCAGUGGAUUUAACGUUACCAGAUAGAAGCACGCUUUGGGCUACCCAGAAAUUGACGAGCUCAAUCUGUAACUGCGGUGAAAAUGAGGAAGUUUGAGAGCUAGUUUUGUGCUGUCUGUCACGGCACUGAAGCAUAAGCAUUCGUUCUGUCAUCUUCUGCUCAU